AUGGAUUUCACACCACCAGCUUCUCCGGUGCCUAACCUGGAUGUUAAGAAGAGAAAUAUCGAAAGACUCCCUCUUUCUCCUGUUACCCCAGAACUUAAAAAAUUCCCUGUAGCAGGAUUUAAUUCAAUACAUUCUGCUAAGGGUUCUUCUCACGAAGAUAACCUACCGAAUUCAUCUUUAUCUCAUUUGAUGACAGAUCUGAAUACAUAUAAUAUUUCUCCAGUGAAUCCCCCAUUUGAAAAUUCAACAGAUACUUUAAACCUUUUAAAUGAAUGGACCUAUCAUAAUAUCCAAGAAUGCAUGCUUUCAUCGUCAAUAGAUUUCUUACAAGAUUCUAGAAUGAAAUUUAAAUCGAAUCGAAUGUUAGGUCAAGGUUCAUAUUGUUACAUCUGUGAGAUGGAUACCACUCAUCUUGAAGACCAUCAAAGACAAAAACAUUUUGUAUUGAAAUUCCCACAUUCAAGGAGAAAGACUAGAACUUUAUUAAAUGAAGGAUUGAUUUUGACAUAUUUGCAUGCAUCCAGUGAUGGUCUUGGAGAAACAUAUAUUAUUCCAUUUCAUGGAAUCACAUACAUCAAUAAACAGCAUUUUAAUAAAUUAAGAAGAAACGAAUUUAUUCCAGCAUUGAUAUUGCCAAAAUUAAAUCUAAAUUUACAACAAUUUAUUAAGUUUUUAAAACAAAAUUAUUCUGAUGACGUUGAGUUGAAAAAAAAUAUUUUUAAAAAACUUGUUAAUGAAAUGUUAAUUUCGUUAAAUUUUUUAAAAUUAAAACAUGUUAUCCAUGGAGAUAUUAAAACAGCAAAUAUUAUGGUGGGUACAUUAAAUGAUACUGAUGUUUUUUCGUUUGAUAAUUUCAAUUUUUACCUAUGCGAUUUUACAUCAUCAAUAAUUGACGUAUCUUCUGAUAUUAAACUGAAAUUGAAUAAUAAAACAAUAAAUCCAUCAUUAUCAACAAAUCUGAAUUUGGACACUACUCUAGAGUAUUGCCCUCCUGAGGUUAUUGAGAGGGUCAUUAAUAAGCCUGAAACAAACGGGAAUGAAACAUCUGUCUUUACGCAUGACACAGAUCUUUAUUCUUUUGGGUUAUGUCUUCUUUCUUUCAUAUCAGGUAAUGAGCCAUAUAGUGAAUUAAAAAAUUUCAAAUUUCAUAAUGAGACCAGUGGUCCAAACGAUUUAUAUUCACCCAAUUCUACUAAUAUAACGUCAUCUGUUCAGCAUACGCAAUGGUUAAUAAACUCCAUUCUAAGGAAUGAACCAAUUGCUUUAAAUAUAUUUAAUUGUGAUGAUACUUAUUAUACCAAUAAUUGGUCAGAAGAACUAUCAUUAGUUUCAAAAAUCCUUGUCGAUAGAAUAUCGUUAGAGGAAUGCAUUUCUUUUAUUUAG